AUGGCCAUUUCUAUAAAAAAAGCUUGGAAUACCAUUAAUGAGGACCUAGUGAUUUCAGUUCAGGAAGCUUUCACUUCAGGUAAAAUUCUUAAGCAGAUUAAUGCUACAGCUAUUUCAGUUAUCCCUAAAACUAAUCAUGCUGUGAGUCUCAAUUAUUUUAGGCAUGUUGCGUGUUGCAAUGUGCUGUAUAAGAUUAUUUCUAAGGUCAUAACUAAUAAACUGAGUCCUUUACUUGAUAAGAUUAUAUCUCCAAACCAGUCUGCUUUUGUUCCAAAUAGGUCUAUUGCUUAUAACAUCAUGCUUGCACAUGAGUUAGUUAAGAAUUACCACUGCAGUAAGGGUUAUCCUAGAUGUUUACUUAAGAUUGACCUCAGGAAACCUACGAUUCGAUUGCCUGGGAUUAUAUUGAGGAGAGUUGGGGAUAGUUUUGUUUCAGGUAAAGGGCUCAGGCAAGGAGACCCCAUCUCUCCUUUAAUUUUUGUGAUUUGUAUGGAAGCCUUAUCAAGAAAGUUGAGUAUUACUAGCUCUGAGUUCAAGUUUCAUCAAGGGUGUGGGUCUCUGAAUAUUAAUCAUCUGAUAUUUGUUGAUGAUCUGCUGCUGUUUUGCUAUGAUGAGAAUAGUAAAACUGUUAUUAAGAAUGCUUUGUGUUUUGAGGAAGGGUCCCUGCCUUUAAGAUACCUACGCAUACCAUUGAUUUCCACAAAUUUAUCUAGACAGGACUGUAAGGGGAUUAUUGACAAGAUUACUAGUAGGAUCCUCUCCUGGAACAUCAAUUUUCUCUCGUAUGCAAGUAGAGUCCAAUUGAUCCAGUCAGUUUUAAUGAGCAUGCAAAUUUUUUGGGCCUCCAUUCUCAUUCUUCCCAAAAAAGUAAUUAGAGAGAUCCAGAAAAUCUGCUCUAAGUUUCUCUGGUCUGGAAAGGCAGAUGGCAAGAACAAAGCCAUGGUGGCCUGGAAAGAGAUUGAGAAGCUUAAGAAGGAGGGUGGUCUGAGUAUAAAAGAGAUGGGCAUUUGGAACUGGGAAGCUGUCAAUAAGCAUGUCUGGUAUAUUAUGAGCAAACCCAAUGCUUUAUGGGUUAAGUGGAUAAAGUAUAAUAAGCUUAAGAAUGUUAGCUAUUGGGGUGCCAAGAAUGACAACUAUACUAGUUGGAUGUGGAGAGGGUUACUCAGUAUUAAAAAUGAUAUAAAUAGUAUCUCUGACUAUGAGUUAGGCAAUGGCAAGAGCACCAUGUUUUGGAGAGACCCUUGGAUCCAUGGUUGCUCAGUGCUAGAGAAAUACCCUAGGGUGAAGAUGGGAAGCUCAGGAAUUGGGAAAGAAGCUUUGGUUGCAAAUUUGUGGAAAGAUAACAAAUGGUCUUUUUCCAGUUUCUGA